AUGGAGAACUUUAAAUUGGAGAAAAACAAAACUUUCCCCCUAGAAGUCUACAUUAGUACCUCAGAAAAAAGCACAGCACGUGUGACUAUUACCUCUCCCAUUUCAAACAAUCCACGCGUGGAUCAAACUGUUACAGUACAACCGGGAGAUGUCCAACGCGUGAACAUUAGUGAAGCGUUUCGAAUGCUUGGAAGCUCAGUUUCUUCUAAGGGAUUGCUGAUAAAGUCCAACCAGAAUAUAGCAGUGUACGGGGCAAACAAAGACACAUUGUCAAAUGAUGUAUAUUGUGCUAUUCCCGUGGAUGCCCUGGGCAAUGAAUACUAUGCUGCCUGUUACGGCCCAGCGCUUAAGAAAACUGAACUUGGAGUCGCAGCGACCGAGGACAGCACGUCAGUAUCGGUAACGCUUCCUACUAAAGAUCAAUCCUUAACCGUCGAUUAUGGUGGGAAACAUUAUAAAGCCGGUGAAACUAUUCAAGUAAAACUGAACAAGUACCAGACGUUACAACUGCAGAGCAGUUCGGAUUUGACUGGUGCCCAUAUUGUAGGUGACAAACCUGUUGCUGCAUUUAGUGGUAAUAUUAAAACUAAUAUAGGCAAUGGCACCUCUGCUGACCAUUUGGUGGAACAAUUAACCCCGGUUGACACUUGGGGCAAAAAGUUUGUAACGGCCCCGAUUCCCACACGAACAACGGGAGAUUUUUUCAGAAUUAUCGCCAGCGAAGAUAAUACUGAAGUCCAAAUUUCAGGAAUGACUUCGUUAAAGAUCCCCAAAGCGGGGGAGUGGGUACAAGUUGCUGUUCCAUCUGGCGACCAUAAGCUCAUCACAUCUAAUAAACCCGUACUGUUGACGCAAUACGUAAUGAGCGAACAAAAGAUAUCUGAACCUGCGGACCCGUCCAUGAUGAUUAUCCCUCCUUACGAGCUUUUCGGAGCCAAAUAUACAUUUUCAACCCCACAAUACUCACGACCGGACUACGGCGCCGGAUACGCUUACCAGCAUGAAUUCAUCAUCAUUGUAAAGGAUACAGAACGUAAUACCCUAUUACUGGAUGAUAAACCUUUUCCAUCGAGUGCGCACUGGAAACCUAUUCCUGGUACGGAUCUUGUGGGCGGAUACGUAACAGUUUCUCCUGGCUCUCACACGCCAUGUAAUAAGACAACCCCUGUACCAGGAGACGGCAUCGACAACGACUGCGAUGGCAAAAUAGACGAGGAACUGUGUACGGUGGAGAACAAUCAGAAAGUUGAUGUUGACUCUAUCUGCAAGAAGAAUAAGACGUCUGUGAUUGCCGACCCUUUCAACUGUGCGCAGUAUUAUGAUUGCUCUAAAAAAUCAUCAGCUUUAGGAAAACCGUAUUUGAAGGAAUGCCAUUAUCCUGACCUCUUUUCAUCAUUAACAAACACAUGUGAACCAUUUUCAAAAGUGACUGGAAGUUGUGGUCGGAGAAAAGAAGUUCAAGCUCCAUCUGUCUUAAACUUCCUGUGCUCAAAAAAUGCUUCUGCUGCACUACCAAACCCAGAUAACUGUGCCAAAUUCUACAACUGCUCUAAACUCCACUCCUCAAAUACACUUCAAGACAUGACAACAGAGUGCAGAUAUCCAGAUCUUUUCUCUGUGACUUCUGGAAAGUGUCAGGAUUUCAAAAGUGUCAAUUGCAGCACACGGAAAGAGCCCAUGGCACCUUGUGAAUAUGACCAAAAUCUGUGUGCAGCUAGCAAUCCCUCUUGCGUUCAGUGUCCCAAACGUCUGCCCAGUUGUCGAGCAUUGACCGAUGGACAAGAAGCCUUUCCUGGAAAGCUAUGGCAGGCAGAUUACAUUGUGUGCGACACAAAUCGUACAAUGAACAUCACCCAGUGUCCUCAAGGGCAGUAUUUCAAUCCCAGAUUGAAGAGUUGCAUGAAGCGGGUCCCAAAAGUGGAUGUACCAGAUUACUGUUCAGCCCACCCCAAAGCUUUACUUCCAAAGGAAGACAACUGUGGUCAGUACAUCAACUGUUCGGAUCCCGGAUUUGAUGGGAAUCACACCAUGGAAUGUGUGUAUCCAGAUCUGUUCUCUGUGACAUCCAUGUCAUGUCAGUGGUUUGAGAAUGUGACCUGUGACAGCCGGAUGGAACCCCAAGCCCCUUGUGAAUAUCACCAAAAUCUGUGUGACCCAAUGAACAAAAGUUGUAUCCCAUGUAAGAAGAGACUUCCCAGCUGUGUGACAUUGGAUGAUGGAAAGAAUUCUAUUGACUGGUUGUUAUGGAAACCGGAUUAUGCUGUAUGCUACAAGAACAGAACCCUGAAAAUGGAGAAAUGUUCCACUCGCUUCUUUGAUCCAGUUCAGAGAAAAUGUACAGACAAGGCAAACCCAAGUAACAUUGAUGAGAUUUGCAAACAAAAUCCAAAGGCCAUCUUGCGUAAGAAAGAUAACUGUGCCCAGUAUUACAACUGUUCAGUAACCAACUCCACUUAUGGUGGCCACCUUCAGGAAUGUAAAUAUCCGGACCUGUUCUCCACUGUCAGUAGGAGAUGUGAAAACUUUAAGACUGUGCCAUGUGACAACAGAACAGAACCUCAGGCACCAUGUGAAUAUGUUCAAAAUCUGUGUGCAGCUAGCAAUCCCUCAUGUGUUCAGUGUCCCAAACGUCUGCCCAGUUGUCGAGCAUUGACCGAUGGACAAGAAGCCUUUCCUGGAAAGCUAUGGCAGGCAGAUUACAUUGUGUGCGACACAAAUCGUACAAUGAACAUCACCCAGUGUCCUCAAGGGCAGUAUUUCAAUCCCAGAUUGAGGAGUUGCAUGAAGCGGGUCCCAAAAGUGGAUGUACCAGAUUACUGUUCAGCCCACCCCAAAGCUUUACUUCCAAAGGAAGACAACUGUGGUCAGUACAUCAACUGUUCGGAUCCCGGAUUUGAUGGGAAUCACACCAUGGAAUGUGUGUAUCCAGAUCUGUUCUCUGUGACAUCCAUGUCAUGUCAGUGGUUUGAGAAUGUGACCUGUGACAGCCGCAUGGAGCCCCAAGCCCCUUGUGAAUAUCACCAAAAUCUGUGUGACCCAAUGAACAAAAGUUGUAUCCCAUGUAAGAAGAGACUUCCCAGCUGUGUGACAUUGGAUGAUGGGAAGAAUUCUAUUGACUGGUUGUUAUGGAAACCGGAUUAUGCUGUAUGUUACAAGAACAGGACCCUGAAAAUGGAGAAAUGUUCCACUCGCUUCUUUGAUCCAGUUCAGAGAAAAUGUACAGACAAGGCAAAUCCAAGUAACAUUGAUGAGAUUUGCAAACAAAAUCCAAAGGCCAUUUUGCGUAAGAAAGAUAACUGUGCCCAGUAUUACAACUGUUCAGUAACCAACUCCACUUAUAAUUAUGGUGGCCACCUUCAGGAAUGUAAAUAUCCGGACCUGUUCUCCACUGUCAAUAGGAGAUGUGAAAACUUUAAGACUGUGCCAUGUGACAACAGAACAGAACCUCAGGCACCAUGUGAAUAUGUCCAAAAUCUGUGUUCAGCUAGCAAUCCCUCAUGUGUUCAGUGUCCCAAACGUCUGCCCAGUUGUCGAGCAUUGACCGAUGGACAAGAGGCCUUUCCUGGAAAGCUAUGGCAGGCAGAUUACAUUGUGUGCGACACGAACCGUACAAUGAACAUCACCCAGUGUCCUCAAGGGGAGUAUUUCAAUCCCAGAUUGAAGAGUUGCAUGAAGCAGGUCCCAAAAGUGGAUGUACCAGAUUACUGUUCAGCCCACCCCAAAGCUUUACUUCCAAAGGAAGACAACUGUGGUCAGUACAUCAACUGUUCAGAUCCCGGAUUUGAUGGGAAUCACACCAUGGAAUGUGUGUAUCCAGAUCUGUUCUCUGUGACAUCCAUGUCAUGUCAGUGGUUUGAGAAUGUGACCUGUGACAACCGCAUGGAGCCCCAAGCCCCUUGUGAAUAUCACCAAAAUCUGUGUGACCCAAUGAACAAAAGUUGUAUCCCAUGUAAGAAGAGACUUCCCAGCUGUGUGACAUUGGAUGAUGGAAAGAAUUCUAUUGACUGGUUGUUAUGGAAACCGGAUUAUGCUGUAUGCUACAAGAACAGAACCCUGAAAAUGGAGAAAUGUUCCACUCGCUUCUUUGAUCCAGUUCAGAGAAAAUGUACAGACAAGGCAAACCCAAGUAACAUUGAUGAGAUUUGCAAACAAAAUCCAAAGGUCAUCUUGCAUAAGAAAGAUAACUGUGCCCAGUAUUACAACUGUUCAGUAACCAACUCCACUUAUGGUGGCCACCUUCAGGAAUGUAAAUAUCCGGACCUGUUCUCCACUGUCAGUAGGAGAUGUGAAAACUUUAAGACUGUGCCAUGUGACAACAGAACAGAACCUCAGGCACCAUGUGAAUAUGUCCAAAAUCUGUGUUCAGCUAGCAAUCCCUCAUGUGUUCAGUGUCCCAAACGUCUGCCCAGUUGUCGAGCAUUGACCGAUGGACAAGAAGCCUUUCCUGGAAAGCUAUGGCAGGCAGAUUACAUUGUGUGCGACACAAAUCGUACAAUGAACAUCACCCAGUGUCCUCAAGGGCAGUAUUUCAAUCCCAGAUUGAAGAGUUGCAUGAAGCGGGUCCCAAAAGUGGAUGUACCAGAUUACUGUUCAGCCCACCCCAAAGCUUUACUUCCAAAGGAAGACAACUGUGGUCAGUAUAUCAACUGUUCAGAUCCCGGAUUUGAUGGGAAUCACACCAUGGAAUGUGUGUAUCCAGAUCUGUUCUCUGUGACAUCCAUGUCAUGUCAGUGGUUUGAGAAUGUGACCUGUGACAGCCGAAUGGAGCCCCAAGCCCCAUGUGAAUAUCACCAAAAUCUGUGUGACCCAAUGAACAAAAGUUGUAUCCCAUGUAAGAAGAGACUUCCCAGCUGUGUGACAUUGACUGAUGGGAAGAAUUCUAUUGACUGGUUGUUAUGGAAACCGGAUUAUGCUGUAUGUUACAAGAACAGGACCCUGAAAAUGGAGAAAUGUUCCACUCGCUUCUUUGAUCCAGUUCAGAGAAAAUGUACAGACAAGGCAAACCCAAGUAACAUUGAUGAGAUUUGCAAACAAAAUCCAAAGGCCAUCUUGCGUAAGAAAGAUAACUGUGCCCAGUAUUACAACUGUUCAGUAACAAGCUCCACUUAUGGUGGCCACCUUCAGGAAUGUAAAUAUCCGGACCUGUUCUCCACUGUCAGUAGGAGAUGUGAAAACUUUAAGACUGUGCCAUGUGACAACAGAACAGAACCUCAGGCACCAUGUGAAUAUGUCCAAAAUCUGUGUACAGCUAGCAAUCCCUCUUGUGUUCAGUGUCCCAAACGUCUGCCCAGUUGUCGAGCAUUGACCGAUGGACAAGAGGCCUUUCCUGGAAAGCUAUGGCAGGCAGAUUACAUUGUGUGCGACACGAACCGUACAAUGAACAUCACCCAGUGUCCUCAAGGGCAGUAUUUCAAUCCCAGAUUGAGGAGUUGCAUGAAGCGGGUCCCAAAAGUGGAUGUACCAGAUUACUGUUCAGCCCACCCCAAAGCUUUACUUCCAAAGGAAGACAACUGUGGUCAGUAUAUCAACUGUUCAGAUCCCGGAUUUGAUGGGAAUCACACAAUGGAAUGUGUGUAUCCAGAUCUGUUCUCUGUGACAUCCAUGUCAUGCCAGUGGUUUGAGAAUGUGACCUGUGACAACCGGAUGGAACCCCAAGCCCCAUGUGAAUAUCACCAAAAUCUGUGUGACCCAAUGAACAAAAGUUGUAUCCCAUGUAAGAAGAGACUUCCCAGCUGUGUGACAUUGGCUGAUGGGAAGAAUUCUAUUGACUGGUUGUUAUGGAAACCGGAUUAUGCUGUAUGUUACAAGAACAGGACCCUGAAAAUGGAGAAAUGUUCCACUCGCUUCUUUGAUCCAGUUCAGAGAAAAUGUACAGACAAGGCAAACCCAAGUAACAUUGAUGAGAUUUGCAAACAAAAUCCAAAGACUAUCUUGCGUAAGAAAGAUAACUGUGCCCAGUAUUACAACUGUUCAGUAACCAACUCCACUUAUGGUGGCCACCUUCAGGAAUGUAAAUAUCCGGACCUGUUCUCCACUGUCAGUAGGAGAUGUGAAAACUUUAAGACUGUGCUAUGUGACAACAGAACAGAACCUCAGGCACCAUGUGAAUAUGUCCAAAAUCUGUGUUCAGCUAGCAAUCCCUCAUGUGUUCAGUGUCCCAAACGUCUGCCCAGUUGUCGAGCAUUGACCGAUGGACAAGAAGCCUUUCCUGGAAAGCUAUGGCAGGCAGAUUACAUUGUGUGCGACACGAACCGUACAAUGAACAUCACCCAGUGUCCUCAAGGGGAGUAUUUCAAUCCCAGAUUGAAGAGUUGUAUGAAGCGGGUCCCAAAAGUGGAUGUACCAGAUUACUGUUCAGCCCACCCCAAAGCUUUACUUCCAAAGGAAGACAACUGUGGUCAGUACAUCAACUGUUCGGAUCCUGGAUUUGAUGGGAAUCACACCAUGGAAUGUGUGUAUCCAGAUCUGUUCUCUGUGACAUCCAUGUCAUGUCAGUGGUUUGAGAAUGUGACUUGUGACAGUCGCAUGGAGCCCCAAGCCCCUUGUGAAUAUCACCAAAAUCUGUGUGACCCAAUGAACAAAAGUUGUAUCCCAUGUAAGAAGAGACUUCCCAGCUGUGUGACAUUGGCUGAUGGGAAGAAUUCUAUUGACUGGUUGUUAUGGAAACCGGAUUAUGCUGUAUGUUACAAGAACAGGACCCUGAAAAUGGAGAAAUGUUCCACUCGCUUCUUUGAUCCAGUUCAGAGAAAAUGUACAGACAAGGCAAACCCAAGUAACAUUGAUGAGAUUUGCAAACAAAAUCCAAAGACUAUCUUGCGUAAGAAAGAUAACUGUGCCCAGUAUUACAACUGUUCAGUAACCAACUCCACUUAUGGUGGCCACCUUCAGGAAUGUAAAUAUCCGGACCUGUUCUCCACCGUCAGUAGGAGAUGUGAAAACUUUAAGACUGUGCUAUGUGACAACAGAACAGAACCUCAGGCACCAUGUGAAUAUGUCCAAAAUCUGUGUUCAGCUAGCAAUCCCUCAUGUGUUCAGUGUCCCAAACGUCUGCCCAGUUGUCGAGCAUUGACCGAUGGACAAGAAGCCUUUCCUGGAAAGCUAUGGCAGGCAGAUUACAUUGUGUGCGACACGAACCGUACAAUGAACAUCACCCAGUGUCCUCAAGGGGAGUAUUUCAAUCCCAGAUUGAAGAGUUGUAUGAAGCGGGUCCCAAAAGUGGAUGUACCAGAUUACUGUUCAGCCCACCCCAAAGCUUUACUUCCAAAGGAAGACAACUGUGGUCAGUACAUCAACUGUUCGGAUCCUGGAUUUGAUGGGAAUCACACCAUGGAAUGUGUGUAUCCAGAUCUGUUCUCUGUGACAUCCAUGUCAUGUCAGUGGUUUGAGAAUGUGACUUGUGACAGUCGCAUGGAGCCCCAAGCCCCUUGUGAAUAUCACCAAAAUCUGUGUGACCCAAUGAACAAAAGUUGUAUCCCAUGUAAGAAGAGACUUCCCAGCUGUGUGACAUUGGCUGAUGGGAAGAAUUCUAUUGACUGGUUGUUAUGGAAACCGGAUUAUGCUGUAUGUUACAAGAACAGGACCCUGAAAAUGGAGAAAUGUUCCACUCGCUUCUUUGAUCCAGUUCAGAGAAAAUGUACAGACAAGGCAAACCCAAGUAAUAUUGAAGAGAUCUGUAAACAAAAUCCAAAGGCCAUCUUGCGUAAGAAAGAUAACUGUGCCCAGUAUUACAACUGUUCAGUAACGAGCUCCACUUAUGGUGGCCACCUCCAGGAAUGUAAAUAUCCGGACCUGUUCUCCACCGUCAGUAGGAGAUGUGAAAACUUUAAGACUGUGCCAUGUGACAACAGAACAGAACCUCAGGCACCAUGUGAAUAUGUCCAAAAUCUGUGUGCAGCUAGCAAUCCCUCAUGUGUUCAGUGUCCCAAACGUCUGCCCAGUUGUCGAGCAUUGACCGAUGGACAAGAGGCCUUUCCUGGAAAGCUAUGGCAGACAGAUUACAUUGUGUGCGACAUGAACCGUACAAUGAACAUCACCCAGUGUCCUCAAGGGGAGUAUUUCAAUCCCAGAUUGAAGAGUUGCAUGAAGCGGGUCCCAAAAGUGGAUGUACCAGAUUACUGUUCAGCCCACCCCAAAGCUUUACUUCCAAAGGAAGACAACUGUGGUCAGUACAUCAACUGUUCGGAUCCUGGAUUUGAUGGGAAUCACACCAUGGAAUGUGUGUAUCCAGAUCUGUUCUCUGUGACAUCCAUGUCAUGUCAGUGGUUUGAGAAUGUGACCUGUGACAGCCGAAUGGAGCCCCAAGCCCCAUGUGAAUAUCACCAAAAUCUGUGUGACCCAAUGAACAAAAGUUGUAUCCCAUGUAAGAAGAGACUUCCCAGUUGUGUGACAUUGGCUGAUGGGAAGAAUUCUAUUGACUGGUUGUUAUGGAAACCGGAUUAUGCUGUAUGUUACAAGAACAGGACCCUGAAAAUGGAGAAAUGUUCCACUCGCUUCUUUGAUCCAGUUCAGAGAAAAUGUACAGACAAGGCAAACCCAAGUAACAUUGAUGAGAUUUGCAAACAAAAUCCAAAGGCCAUCUUGCGUAAGAAAGAUAACUGUGCCCAGUAUUACAACUGUUCAGUAACAAGCUCCACUUAUGGUGGCCACCUUCAGGAAUGUAAAUAUCCGGACCUGUUCUCCACUGUCAGUAGGAGAUGUGAAAACUUUAAGACUGUGCCAUGUGACAACAGAACAGAACCUCAGGCACCAUGUGAAUAUGUCCAAAAUCUGUGUACAGCUAGCAAUCCCUCUUGUGUUCAGUGUCCCAAACGUCUGCCCAGUUGUCGAGCAUUGACCGAUGGACAAGAGGCCUUUCCUGGAAAGCUAUGGCAGGCAGAUUACAUUGUGUGCGACACGAACCGUACAAUGAACAUCACCCAGUGUCCUCAAGGGCAGUAUUUCAAUCCCAGAUUGAGGAGUUGCAUGAAGCGGGUCCCAAAAGUGGAUGUACCAGAUUACUGUUCAGCCCACCCCAAAGCUUUACUUCCAAAGGAAGACAACUGUGGUCAGUACAUCAACUGUUCGGAUCCCGGAUUUGAUGGGAAUCACACCAUGGAAUGUGUGUAUCCAGAUCUGUUCUCUGUGACAUCCAUGUCGUGCCAGUGGUUUGAGAAUGUGACCUGUGACAGCCGGAUGGAACCCCAAGCCCCUUGUGAAUAUCACCAAAAUCUGUGUGACCCAAUGAACAAAAGUUGUAUCCCAUGUAAGAAGAGACUUCCCAGUUGUGUGACAUUGGCUGAUGGGAAGAAUUCUAUUGACUGGUUGUUAUGGAAACCGGAUUAUGCUGUAUGUUACAAGAACAGGACCCUGAAAAUGGAGAAAUGUUCCACUCGCUUCUUUGAUCCAGUUCAGAGAAAAUGUACAGACAAGGCAAACCCAAGUAAUAUUGAAGAGAUCUGUAAACAAAAUCCAAAGACUAUCUUGCGUAAGAAAGAUAACUGUGCCCAGUAUUACAACUGUUCAGUAACCAACUCCACUUAUGGUGGCCACCUUCAGGAAUGUAAAUAUCCGGACCUGUUCUCCACUGUCAGUAGGAGAUGUGAAAACUUUAAGACUGUGCCAUGUGACAACAGAACAGAACCUCAGGCACCAUGUGAAUAUGUCCAAAAUCUGUGUGCAGCUAGCAAUCCCUCUUGCGUUCAGUGUCCCAAACGUCUGCCCAGUUGUCGAGCAUUGACCGAUGGACAAGAAGCCUUUCCUGGAAAGCUAUGGCAGGCAGAUUACAUUUUGUGCGACACGAACCUGGAUGUUCCUAAUUUCUGUGUGGCUAAUCCCACAAGAAUUCUUCCUGAUGAAGACAAUUGUGCACAUUAUUUCAACUGUUCCUCCGUGCCCAGACAAGGUACUCCAAGAAUUUCAUCGCCACUUAGGCUGGGGUCUUAUGGAAUGGAGUGUCAGUACCCAGACUUGUUUGAUGAGACUACACAGCGAUGUGAAAACUUUACUGAUGUUAAUUGUACCACUCGUACAGAACCUCAGGCUCCAUGUGAAUACCAGCGGAAUUUGUGUCCUGUGGUAGACCCGUCCUGUGAGCCUUGUCCAAGACGACUACCAUCUUGUGUGGGAGAAAUCAAUGGAGAGCAUGCAUUUCCAACAAGGAGAUGGCAGUCAGAUUAUAUCAAGUGCUAUCUGAACAGAACAAUGGCUAUAGACAACUGUCCAGCCCAGCAGUACUUUAAUCCUCGGCUGAAACGCUGUAUGGAUGCUGUGCCUCCUGUUGAUGUCCCAGACUAUUGUUCGGCUAAUCCAACCAAGCUUCUCCCAGAUCCAGAUAAUUGUGCUCACUACUUCAACUGCUCAGACCCUACAACAGCUAUUGUUACCAGACAACUUGCCAACAGAGCAGGACAUUAUAGAAAGGAAUGUCCUUAUCCAGAUCUGUUUGAUUCAGUUCUACAGCAGUGUGAAAUGUUCUCUUCAGUGAAGUGCAACACUCGACCAGAACCUCAGGCCCCAUUUGCUUAUGACGAGACAAUGGACCAAGGUCAUUUGGCCAAGGUAAAACUCUCUGUAUCUGGUUGA